UCUUACGGGUUAGGGUUUUGCAAAUUUGGAGAAGCCCAAUUUCGGAAAAUCUUCGCUAUGCCGUGUAUAAGGAGUCUCCCACGAUUACUUUGCCUGAAGACAUGGUUUUGAUUACUCAUUUUAGUAUUUUUUUUUUAUUUAGCAGAGGAAUUAGAAGAGUAUGGAAGAAGAAUCGCUGGGAGAUAAUGAUGCUAGAGUUAAGGUUUCUAUGUUCGACUACUCGGUUGAGAAUCACUUCAAAGCGGUUGACACAAUUUCGAAGCUCUGUGGAGCGGUAGAGAAUUUCGCUGUUGAAGAAUGUGAAAUUCAAAGGUUAUCUGACUCAGUCACUUUCUUAAGGGAAUGGAGCUAUUACAAUUACAAGCCAAAAAUUAUUAGGUUUGGCUCAGAAUCUCAGGCCUCCAGCAUAUUUUUACCUCAGUUAUCAUCUGCCAACGUUCCUAAGGAAGGACCACAUGAGAAGACCAAGCAUUUAAAGGACAGUAAAGACUUCAUGUUUUAUGUUGGAGGACCUGUUUGGGCUUUAGAUUGGUGCCCUAGAGUUCACAAAAGGUCUGAUUUUCAUGUAAAAAAUGAGUUUAUCGCUGUUUCUGCUCAUCCACCCGACUCUACUCAUCACAAGAUAGGUGCUCGGCUCAUUGGGAGAGGUAUGAUACAGAUAUGGUGUAUUCUGAAUACCGGUGUGUGUGGGGAGGCAAAAGAGGAUAAACCAACCAACAAAAAGAAGCCAAAAGUGGAUAAACCAACUGACACAAAGAAGCCAAGAGGAAGACCUAGAAAGAAACCAGUGAAUGAGGACGUAGAGAACCUAUUAACUCAACCUAAGAGGCCAAGAGGAAGACCACAGAAGUAUCCCAGAGAUGAAUCAGUUGAUAGCAUCAAUUUCAACAAUCAACUUGUUCAAGCUCUUGCUGUUCAAUACCCUGAAGGCACAUCUGAAUUUCUUGCUACAGAGGGAGCAUCUGCGAAUACCCAAGAGGAUUCUGUUAGAGAAAAUAAUGGUAAAAGACAUAAAAGUUCCACCCUAAAUAUGUCAGCUUAUGAUUCAGAUCUCAAAAAUUCCAUGCAAAAGAGAGUGUUGAAGAGGAAAGCAAGGUCAUGUAAAAUUGGUGGUGAUGUGUCUCAUCUACUCUUGACUGAAAAUGAAGACAAAGUAUCUUCUGCUACAGACUAUCAUAUUGAUGAGACAUCUGGAAAGGAUAUUGUGGUCUCUAAUAAUGUUUCUGAUAAUAGUUUCAUGGAUAUCGGCUCAGCUGCUUGUUCCAUUCCAGAUGAUGUUGCUUUGCCAAGAAUUGUGUUAUGCCUAGCUCAUGAUGGCAAAGUUGCUUGGGAUGUGAAAUGGAGACCACUUAAAGAGUCAGAUUUCAGAUGCAUACAUCGGAUGGGCUAUCUAGCUGCUUUGCUACGGAAUGGAUCAUUGCAUGUGUGGGAUGUUCCUCUUCCGCAUGCCAUGAAAUCUAUAUAUUCAUCUUCUUGCAAGGAGGGAAUAGAUCCUUGCUUUGUAAAACUUGAACCUUAUACCGUUGACAGUAGAAUGGUCAACUUCAUCCCUCCAAGAUUACUUGCUUGCUGGAUGCCACGAUGGAACGUACCUUUCCAUACUGGCAUUCUGAUAUCAUCACGUUACUGUCAGGUUGUAUUGUGGAAGUUCUCUGCAGGUGGUUCAACUGGAGAUACAAAACCUUUGCUUUGUUUCAGUGCGGAUACAGUCCCCAUUAGAGCAGUUGCAUGGGCUCCAGUUGGAGGUGAUCGAGAGGGUGCAAAUGUUAUUUUAACUGCUGGACAUGGAGGCAUGAAGUUUUGGGACAUUCGUGACCCUUUUCGUCCCUUGUGGGAAAUUCAUCCAGCACCAAGGUUUAUCUACAGUUUGGACUGGCUACAAGAUCCAAGUUGUGUUAUUUUGUCCCUUGAUGAUGGAACUAUGAGGCUCCUUAGCUUUGUCAAGUCUGCAUAUGAUGUCCCAGUUUAUGGAAGACUUAUCGUUGGGCCUAAACAUCUAGGGCUGCAUACGUAUAAUUGCUCAUCCUUUGCCAUAUGGAGUGUUCAAGUGUCGAGGCUAACUGGCAUGGUUGCAUAUUGCAGUGCAGAUGGUACUGUCAUCUGCUUCCAGCUCACACGUAAAGCAGUGGAAAAGGAUUUUGCACGAAAUCGGGCCCCUAAUUUUGUGUGCGGAUCCCUGUGUGUGGAUGAAUCUGCUCUUGUGGUCUGCUCUUCGUUAGUGGAUACAGCUUUAACCUUGAAGAAGCCAACAAACGAUAAUGCGGAGGCCCCACGAUCCAUGCAGGGUUUCUUAUCACCGUCAAAUCAUCUUAAACGGUGUAAUGAUAAGAAGGCCAAAAGUCCAAUUCUAAAUAAUCACACAUUAGGUCUUUGUUAUGAAGAUGAUCCUGCUACGGAAUGUGGCACUGAUGAAACUUUGGCCUCCUGCGAGAGCAAAACGAUACCAAAAUCCAGGAGUAGUAAGCAAAAUGCAGAGGACGAUCAAGGAUUUGUAUGUGAAGAUGAAGAGCCAGAUAUACAUGGCAAAGAAAACAGAAAUGUGGGAAAAUGUAAUAAAACUGAAGAUUUCCCUUCCAAAACCGUUGCAAUGCAUAGAGUGAGAUGGAAUAUGAACAAGGGCAGUGAGAGAUGGUUGUGCUAUGGAGGAGCAGCAGGCAUUGUACGGUGUCAAGAGAUUAUGACAUCUCAUGCAGCCUGGAGAUGAGAUGACUCUCCAGUGUCAAAUUAUCUUAUGUUUCGUAGUUUGUAAAUUCUUCUCCAGCUUGUUUAUCUUUUUAUUUAGCCGAUCGUAGUCUCCUCAUAUUCUCUCUCAUGGAACUGUGGUAGUAAAUUUUUGAAUAUACAUAUCUAUUUUGCAAUUUGAGUUCAAUAUUGUAGGAUGGUUUGAUCCUUUGUGAUUCCGAAUUAGGUAUUGGAUUUGCCCCCCCUGGAUGAAAUCUGUUGCAUGUUCAGUCCCUGUGGGGAAGAUAAAUUUCAUAGGUCAUGUAAUUUUGUGGUGACAGGGAACUAUUCCAUUCCAACUGUAUACAUUAGUAUCUGAGUAUGUAAAAUGGUAAGAGUUCA